AUGUCAGGAAAGGAAGAAGCGGUUUUCCGCUCAGCGGACAUGUCGCUUGUGCAAAUCUAUGUGCCCACGGAAGUGGCUAGAGAAACAAUCUAUAAAAUCGGUCAAUUGAAUAUAAUCCAAUUUAGAGAUUUAAACUUUAAAGUCAACGAGUUCCAAAGGUCUUUUGUUAACGAAUUGAGAAAGUUGGACAAUACAGAAAGACAAUACAGAUUGUUUAAGCAAGAAUUGGACUACAGAGAUAUCUCGGUAAAAUUGUAUCCUUAUGAGUUUGUCAUACCGCAGCAAUCUGAUAUUGACGAUUUAGUCGAGAGUGCUCAGUUGUUGGAGGAUAGGGUUGUCCAGUUGAGAGAUUCGGUUGAGACCUUGUAUAAGAAUCAAAAUUACUUGAAGCAAUUCAAGUUUUCCAUAUUGGCUGUGGAUAAGUUUUUCCAUUACCAACUAGGUGGAAGUGGCGAUGCUGUCGAACGCUCGUUACUCCCAGAACUUGAUGAUCUGCGUUUAUCGUCAACUACAGCAUCAGCAUCGCAAUUCAUUUCCGGUGUCAUCAAUCGUGAUAAAGUAGGAAUAUUGCAGCAAAUUUUGUGGAGAAUUUUGAGAGGAAACUUGUACUACCACAGUGAGGAGUUACAAGAAGAAAUCUAUGACGCCAAACAUAACGCAUAUGUGGCAAAGAAUACAUUUAUCAUUUUCUCCUAUGGUGCCCUUGUCCACGAUAGAAUUGUCAAGGUUUGCGAAUCUUUGGAUGCUGAAGUUUAUGACGUUGAAAAGACUGAAGAGGCCAGGUCUAAACAGUUAGCUGAAGUUAAAUCAAAACUGGAGGACUUGACUACUGUUUUGAGUGAGUCGGAAAAUGCAUUGACUUCUGAAUUGAUUGCUAUUAGCCAAGAUCUUGGUAAAUGGUGGGAAAUCAUAGCCAGGGAGAAACAAGUGUACAAGACAAUGAAUCGUUGCGAUUAUGACGGGGCCAGGAAAUUGUUGCUUGGUGAAGGGUGGACUCCAACCGAUUCCAUACCAGAACUUGCAGAAACUGUCAAAGAAUUUGAUCAAACACAAUCGAUUCCUUCCAUAGUCAACGUCUUGACCACAAAUAGGACUCCGCCAACAUAUGUACGUACCAACAAGUUUACCUACGCUUUCCAGGCUAUUUGUGAUGCAUAUGGUACCCCUCGUUACAAGGAAAUUAACCCUGGUUUACCUACUAUUAUCACAUUCCCAUUCAUGUUUGCUAUUAUGUUUGGAGACAUGGGUCACGGGUUUGUCAUGUUUUUAGCGGCAGCAUUUUUGGUGUUGAAUGAAAAGAAGUUGAGUGGCGUUAAAAAGGAUGAAAUUUUCGACAUGGCGUAUACUGGCCGCUAUAUUUUGUUGCUCAUGGGUGUUUUCUCCAUGUACACGGGUUUUAUUUACAAUGAUGUGUUUUCCAGAUCAAUGACAUUAUUUAAGAGCGGUUGGGAGUGGCCAGAAAAUUUCAAAAUUGGCGAUACUUUGAUCGCCAAGGAGGUUGGAACCUAUAUUUUUGGUAUGGAUCCAGCAUGGCAUGGUACUGAAAAUGCGUUGUUAUUUUCCAACUCGUACAAGAUGAAGUUGUCAAUCUUGAUGGGAUAUGCCCAUAUGACGUAUUCAUACUUUUUCUCGGUUACUAACUACAUUUAUUUUGAUUCAUUAAUUGAUAUUGUUGGUAACUUUAUCCCUGGCUUAUUGUUUAUGCAAGGUAUUUUUGGAUACUUGUCGUUGGUUAUUGUUUACAAAUGGACGGUUAAUUGGGCAGAGUCAAAGUAUCAGCCACCGGGAAUAUUGAAUAUGUUGAUUUCGAUGUUUUUGUCUCCGGGAAAUGUCGAGGAGCCAUUUUAUCCUGGUCAGCCAACAAUACAAAUUUGGCUAGUUGUUAUUGCAUUAAUUUGUGUUCCUUGGUUACUUUUUGUUAAACCGUUGUUCUUGAAGAGAAAAUUGGACAGAGAAGCUAAGCAGAAUGCACAAUACUCGGCAUUGCCUAAUGACGAAGAGACAGGAGGUUCUAACGGCUCCACAUAUGAAGAAGAGGACGAAGAUGGCGAAGAGCAUGAGGAGCAUUCAUUUGGAGACAUCAUGAUUCAUCAAGUGAUUCACACUAUUGAAUUCUGUCUUAACUGUGUAUCGCACACUGCUUCCUACUUGAGAUUAUGGGCAUUGUCAUUAGCCCAUGCUCAAUUAUCGACCGUGUUGUGGUCGAUGACCAUCAGCAAGGCCUUUGGUCCUACUGGAGUGUUUGGUGUCAUUGCUGUCGUGUUCCUAUUUGCCAUGUGGUUCGUCUUGACUGUGUGUAUUUUGGUGGUUAUGGAAGGAACUUCAGCAAUGUUGCAUUCUUUGAGAUUGCACUGGGUGGAGAGUAUGUCCAAGUACUUUGAAGGUGGCGGUGUACCAUAUGAGCCUUUUGGAUUCGACGGCUUAUUGGACAGUGUGUUUUAG